AUGUUGAAGGCUGUGGAUGCGGUGGAGCUGGCCGUGCGUGCGCUGGAGCAGGAGCCGUCUCUGAAUGCUGGCCGAGGCUGCUCGCUGAAUGCGGACGGCCAACCCGAGCUGGACGCCUUGCUAAUGGAGGGCUCCUCACGGCGUGCGGGCGCUGUGGCAGGCGUUGCUGUGCAGCACCCCAUAUCAUUGGCGCGGAUGGUGAUGGAGCGGACUGAGCAUGUGAUGAUGGCGGGAGAAGGUGCUAUGGCCUUUGCGCGGGAGCAAGAAAUCUGCGACGCAACUGACCUGGUCACUGCGGAAGCGUUGCAGGAGUGGCAGCAGUGGCGUGAGUACAGCGAGAAUGUCUCUGCUCUCUUCGCUGGAAGGAGUCAGGAGGCCUCCCCUGGCGACACCGUGGGCGCGGUGGCCUUGGAUGCUGAGGGAUGUCUCGCCUGCGGCACCAGCACUGGAGGUGUGGUGGGCAAGCGCCCGGGUCGUGUUGGAGACUCGCCUCUCAUUGGUUGUGGCGGCUAUGCUGAUGCUUGUGGGGCUGUGUCCGCGACCGGUCAUGGCGAGGCCAUCGCCAGAGUGACCCUCUCACGCCUGGCCCUGUGGCUGAUGGACUCCCAUGGGCGGUGCGACUUGGCUGCCCGGGACGCUUUGGCGCGCAUGCGUGCGCUUGAUGAGCAAGGCGGUGGCGCAGGUGGCUUGCUGCUGCUUUCGGUGAACGGGGAUGUCUCCGUGGACUUCACCACCCAGCGGAUGGCCUGGGCAGUGCUGGAAGGCCAGCCACGCCUGUGCGCCGUCGCGCGCUUUGGCGACGGGGAAGACACUGGCGCAUUCCGUGAGAAAUCGGUUUGCGGUACGAAGGGCUUGUGA